AUGCCUUCGAUCAUCAACGGACAGAAUAUCGAAGAUAUCUUCGCCGAAGAUCCGACCCUGCCCUCUCUCAAUCUAGCAUCUGUUGGCGGGGCAGAAAUUAGCUUGCCCUGGGCUAACAGCCCCGACAAUGAGCUAAUUGCAACUUUGACAGGGGGAUGUCAUUCUUCGAGGCUCGAAAGCGACGAUGCGAUAGCCCCAUUCAGAACAACAAACGCGUUCUCACAACGGACACUGGAUGAGAGGGUAUUUUUUUUUCGAAAUGACUCAGGCGCACAGUGUACGUUCCAUAAAGCUAUCACAUCAGACUCGAAGAGUUCGCAUGAACAUCUGAGUGUUUCGGGUAUGGUUAGUGCUGGGUGCAGUUUUGCCAAUGGUAGUAACGUGAAGGCCUCUCUUCACGCAACAAUUCGAACAGGAACCAUUUAUGUGGAUGGGCCUCGCUUCUCGCUGGAUGCAUUGGCGGAUACCCGACGGUCAUGCCAUGAUCCUUCCUACUAUUCGAAAAUAUAUGGCGAUUACUACGUGGAUAAUUUGAAGUUAGGGACCGGUGCAGGUGUGCCCCUCUCUUCUGCCACUAGUUCAUUGGAGCAAAUUGAAAGCCUCGAUAUCAAUGCCAAACUGUAUAUUCUCUGGUGGGAUAUUGAGAAGAACUAUCACACCGAAAGCAAAUAUUUCAAAUAUUGGUCUGAAUUCCACAUCACCGCAUACGAUACUCUGACGGGGUCGAAUGCCUCCGACCAGUCGCUUGACAAGCCUCCCCAAGGGGUAGCCCAGGAUUACCUCAAGCUUGCUGGUGAUUUGGAAUUUCGUCUCUGUGCUUCGGGACUGGUGGCUGAGAUUACUCUCAUGCCAUAUAGUCAAGUUCGGGACUACAUGGUAGCUAUCAAUAAGCCAGGUUGA